CUAGAUACAAAAACAAACAGUGACUGAAUGAGUGAAUGCACGGCUACAAACGGUGUCUGUCGAAACUUCUUCUAUUUUUAUUAGUACUGUUUUCACUUCUUAUUUACAUUACUAGUACCAUCGGUAACUGUUUUGAGUAGGGUACUGAUUGUGUUCAUUGGAUUUAUUUUAAUUAACUAUACGUAUUUACGUGUACUUGGCUUAGUUUCUCACCACCGUGUCCCCACUAAGACCCCACUUUCCAAUCGGACUUUCCUGCAUAGGCAAGAUCUUGAAUUUUACAAAAAAAAAUGUUCAGACACAGAAGCAUGGUAGGUUACAAUGCUGUUGCGGAUGAACAAAUUGCACAGUAUGUGAAGUCUGGCCUUAAUAAACUCGACGAUGAAGACACCCAGAAUGUCCAGCAGCUGCCUCAAAUACUUGAAAAAAAGGAGAUGAAAAAGUACUGGGCUCAAUGCUAUAAAUUGUUUUCAAAGUUUGACAAGGGCAUUCAAUUGGAUUACAAUUCGUGGUUUUCGGUAACGCCAGAACGAACUGCUCGACACAUCGCAGAAAGAUGCCGCUGCGACUUGAUAGUUGAUGCGUUUUGUGGAGCCGGAGGAAAUUCCAUCCAGUUUGCAUUCAAGUGUGAAAGAGUCAUUGCGAUCGAUAUCGAUCCUUCAAAAAUAGAGCUAGCUAGGCAUAAUGCAUCGGUAUACGGUGUAGCCGAUCGAAUUGAAUUCAUCGUCGGAGAUUUUAUUCAAUUGGCUCCUAGUCUGAAGGCAGAUGUAGUCUUUCUCUCGCCUCCGUGGGAUGGACCAAAAUACCUCUCAACCCCCCAAUUGUGUUUGGAAGAUAUGCAACCUAAUGGAAUCGACAUAUUUGAAGCAGCACAAAAGAUUACGUCAAACCUGGCUUACUUUCUUCCAAGGAACACUAAUGUAGAUCAACUGGUUGGACUCGCCACUGAUGGUGUAGCUGAAAUCGAACCAAACAUCUUGAAUAAUAAAGUCAAAACUAUUACCGCCUAUUAUGGAGAAUUGAUUCUUGAACCCUACAACGCUGUUGCGGGUAAACAAAUUGCAAAGUACUUAAAGUCUGGUCUUAAAAAGCAACAAGAUGAUGAAACCCAGAAGGUCCUGCAGCUGCCUGAAAUACCUGAAAACAAGGAGUUGAAAAAGUACUGGGCUCAACGCUAUAAACUGUUUUCAAAAUUUGACAAAGGCAUUCGAUUGGAUUACGAUUCGUGGUUUUCGGUAACGCCAGAACGCAUUGCUCGACACAUUGCAGAAAGAUGCCGCUGCGAUUUGAUAGUUGAUGCGUUUUGUGGAGCCGGAGGAAAUUCCAUCCAGUUUGCAUUCAAGUGUGAAAGAGUUAUUGCGAUAGAUAUCGAUCCUUCAAAAAUAGAGCUAGCUAGGCAUAAUGCAUCGGUAUACGGUGUAGCCGAUCGAAUUGAAUUCAUCGUCGGAGAUUUUUUUCAAUUGGCUCCUAGUCUGAAGGCAGAUGUAGUCUUUCUUUCGCCUCCGUGGGGUGGACCAAAAUAUCUCUCAGCGCCCCAAUUUUGUCUGGAAGAUAUGCAACCUAACGGAAUCGACAUAUUUGAAGCAGCACAAAAGAUUACGUCAAACCUGGCUUACUUUCUUCCAAGGAACACUAAUGUAGAUCAAUUGAUUGGAAUCGCCACUGAUGGUGAAGCUGAAAUCGAACAAAACAUCUUGAACAAUAAAGUCCAAACUAUUACCGCCUAUUAUGGAGGAUUGAUUCUUGAUCCAUGGUGACUUUAGAUUUUAUGCAAAUAAAGAAAUCGCACAGAUCUACUGUCUGAAA